GGCAACGGCAGCGUGGUGUUACCAUGCCAUAUGGCAAUCCGUAGCAUCUGGGUCUCAUUCACUGUUGCAUAGAUAAUCAGACAGUCAUCGCCGCUGAGAAGCUCCCGAGCCCGUCCAAGCAAUGGCCAACGGACGAGGGAGAGAGCACUGCAUCUCAAUGCCACCAUCUCAUUACGGUGCCAGACAAGUAGGCAAGGCCGCUGCUGCUGCCAAGCCGGAAAUGGGGCUGAAUCACUUUGUUCGCUUCGUCGCGCUGAUCGAGAGGCUUGGCAAUGCCUUGGGCACGCUGGCCUUCACGUGGGCGACUGUUGUCCUGCUCGGAGGCUACUCCAAGGAUCUCAGUUUGGAUCAUGAUUUUUGGUAUGCAGCAGCGAUAGUAUUCCUCGAAGCUAUAAGGAUGUUCACCCGCAACAACAGAAUGGAUUACCAACUGUUCUUUAACACAAGGGGAGCCUUUAGACCUAUGGGAUGGAAUGGACUGGUUGUGGUACUAUGCUUUUUUGAUGUUUUCGUGAUCCUCUGGAGGAAAUAUUAUAUGACUGAUAUGACGCUUCUAGCGAUGGUAAUAAUACUUGCAACUGUCCGGUUCCUGUCCGGGCUGAAACUGCACAUAUGGAAACCGCUAAGCCGUGCCACAUCGCUAUGGAGCCCCUUGGUUGCAAUUUUACUCACGGCUCCCCCUCUAUCAGCUUGUAUUAAUAAAUACACAUAUGAUGGUGAUGAUCAUGAUCCAUACAACAGAUGGAUUGGCCUGAUCAGUUGGAUUGUAUUCACAACACUACUGGUGCCAGUGCUAUUGGUAACAAUAAGCAGGCUACGGUUCACCAGAGUCAUUAAACUAGCGGAUAGUAUUCUUGGCAGCAAACAGGAAUUUUGGCACCGAGUUGUUAUAAACUUGUGCAUGAUUGCUGCGCUAGGGAUGCAGGUGUACAUCCUACAGUUAGGUCAACCCACGAACAUCCUUGUUAUCUUGAUAGUUCAAGCGUGUGCCUUGGUGGUGGUGUCAUUUGGCAACUUCCAGGUUCCAGCAGCAGUGGUGCGUAUCUGGCUAGCAAGCUUGGGCUUACAGCAUGAGUACAAGGAUGAUCAAGAGAACCUGAAAGCAUCUCUCAGAAUUUUCUAUUGGAUGGUGCUUGGGCAAGGAGUCCUCUACGCUGUGGCUUGCAUGCUCGAGUUAUUUUCUUUCAUCCCUCGGAGAUUCCUUGUCCAUUGUGGUGGGUUUAGAGGUUACUGGGGAGUGAAAUCUGUCGAUCUGUACUAUGCGUACGCCUUGGAGAAAUGCAUGCAGGAGGGUGUGCUUGCUCCAAAGAAGAUCAGCCUGAGUAACUUUGCCAUGGAUUCUCUAAACUCGGAUUCAUCCAAGAAUCAGAUCUAUGGUAUUCAGAUGAUGCACAGCUUUCUGCAAAGGGAGCCAACCAAGGCACAGCUACUUUCAAAACUCGCCACUUCUACCAAGACAGUGGCCAGAAUAAUUAGCAUGUUGGAUUGGACAAGUCCAAAGGAUAUAACUAUCAGAUUAUAUGCUGCGAAGGUCACCGCUGAACUUGCAAAGGACCUCCGUGUCGUCACUUUCCCCGGUACAAUACAGCUUGUGUCCGCACUUCUUGAUGCUGACAGUGGAACAAAAAGAGGAAAUCUGCUUCUGGACACAGAUGAUGAACAAGAAAAACAAGACCAAUUUCUGGAAGAUGGCCAAGAGCAACAUACAGUAAGGGAUGUAGCUGAUAACCAAGGGCAAAGACGAGAACAACUUCAAGACACCGAUAACCUGCUCGAGGAAACACAAGCCUGCUCAACCCAACAAGCCUGCAAUGACAAGCCAAAUUCUUACAUACUCAAAUGCUGGCAGCAUAUUUUAGAAUUAUGUUCGGUUCCCAAGGAGCAGUUACCGACAGACCAUGAUCUUCUCCCUGCACUGGCCAUGUCAAUUAUUGAAAGUCUUGCUGGUUGUGAUCAGGAAAACUGUGUGCAAAUCAGCAAUGCAGCUAACCUCAUCCCGAAGAUCAUAGGAUUCACAAGAUUCAGACAUGCCAUGAACACUGUGGAUACCGAAACACAACAAAAGCUCCUGCUUAAGUCAUCACUGACAGUGCUGCAAAGACUCGCAAGCAUUGGCGGGGAAAUCGGCAUAACACUGCGGUACAAGAUAUCAAAACAUCCCUUGCUAUUGAGAAACCUUGCAGAAACCUUGGAAUAUAACGGGAGCAGCCAGGAAUUGAUAAAGUUGGUGGCAGGAAUCCUCAGGAACAUUGCCAUUGAUGGGAACACAAGGCAGGAGAUUGGUCGCAUUCAACUGAUCAUCAUUAGGCUGACGCAGACAUUUAUCAAUGGAGAAGGAAUCAUGAGUACCAAUGCUGAUCACUUAUCACGGAAGGUCACCGGGCAAGCACUGGCAAUGCUCACAACAGAAAGUGUCCAAAAUUGCUUGAUUGUGUUGAAGGAACCGGAGUUCAUUAAGAAACUCAAACCUAUGAUCUCGAUCCAUGGCAAGUACAUAUAUGUGGCAGCAAGCCUGUUGCGCAAUCUGUGCCUACACGCUCAACCCGAGCUCAGAGAGUCAGACCUGAAGGAACUAUCUCAUACCUUGAGAGAGGUGUUGGAAAAAAUAAUUGAUGUGGAAGGGGCAGAACUAGAGAUCCUCAUUGGCCUUAGUUCACAGAUUUGUAGAAUCAUCCCCAAAGACUUUACCGAAGAACUAGAGGGCGGUCAGAUUAAGCAGAGAUUCGUGAAGAGGCUGAUUGAUGCGUUGAAUGCAAACAUGGAACCUAGUGCUCAUUGUCCUGGGAUCAGAAGGGUGAUACUUGAGCAAGUCAUUAACAUGGUGGAGUGCAAUUAUCACUAUGCAAACUGUUUCAACGAAUUCAGGAUGACAGAAGCCCUAUCAGUGGUAGAACAAACACUGUCGAAGGCUGAGGACUACAAACUCUUAUUGGGUGAUGCAGGUCUCAUGGAGUACAGCACCCCUAUCUCCGCCCUUGUGGCAAGAGCAAAAGAGCUAGUGACUGACUGCGAUUCAAUCGUAGAUGGUAGGAUUUCUGAACAAAGUUGA